CGAGCGGUGUCAGCGGUGCGUUUGUUGCACAUACACAGUGCGAGGACUAGUAAGGAGAGCAAAGAGUGCUUGCUGUUGAUCUAAGUGAAAUGAUCUAAACCGUAAUUUCGAUCGAUUGACACACUCUGCACGAAUCAAACUUUCAAUUAUUAUCACGCGAUCGCGGGUGAAAAGAGGGAUAGCUGGCAGACCAGCUCGAUUAUCUCCACGACAUAUGUACGUUAUAUAGUCCUGCAACGUGCAGGUCAUUAAUCUUGCUUGUGGUAUCGGUACCGAGGGAAAGAAUUAAGUGAGAGUGCGUCUUAACGGCCGAUUGUCGCAUCACGUUAGCGUAUUAUCAAAUGAGAACGUGAAUUAUUUGCGACAUCACGUAAAGAGUAAACGAUGCGGCACGACGAUAUUACGAGAUAUCGUCCAAAGUGCGGCCUGUAAUGGCGGCUGAUGAAAAAGUGUUUUCCAUUGCGCGCCACGUAUGUUCGCCGAGCCGGCAAACGUCUGAAAAUAAUCGGAAAUAAUUCGGACAACCGAUUAAUCCUAUCGUUUUCACUCUUCGAUUGUUAGAUCCCAUCAGUCGAUAAUAAUCCGCGAUUCCUUCUCGCCUAUAGUUUUCCACGAUGUCGGAGAAUAGCGAGCACUCGCCUGACGACACCGAGACGGAGACAAAGGCGAUGGAAGAUCUUCCUAACGAUUCAUCCAAGAGCGAAACGAAAUUAAUGAAUCAGGCCGACACGGCUCUGCUCGAGGAUGAGGAAAUGCCGACGUACAUCAGUGUAUCUAGUAUCACAAGACCAGAUGACUCGGAUAUUGUUAAUGUGAAGCAACGUGAAAAUGAGUCUCGAGAGAUGGAAGGGGAUCGUAGCCCGAGUCCCUAUCCCAGCGAUGAUCAAGCAGCGAGUAGUGUGUAUGUUUUAUCAUCUGGAGAAGAAACCGAUCAACAUCCUUAUAAUGAUGAAGAUGACGAAGAUGAAUAUGGAGAUAGUGACGAUAUGGAAAAUUUAGAGCUCGAUAAUGAUUUUGAUUCGGAUCAUCCAAGUAAUAUGAAACAUUUAAUGGACGACGAGGAUGAUGAUGAUGAAGAUGACGAAGAUGAAGAAGAUGAUGAGGACAGUCCUAGACAAAUGAAUGAUGAUGGUAUCGAUGAUAAUUACGAGACAGAUUAUUAUGAUGGAAGAUCUGAUGAUUUUAUCUUCAAUAGGAGAUUAAAAAAUCGUCACAAAGAAAAGAGCCUUUCUCUUCAAGAUUUGAAAAUGUACAAGAAUAAUAUGAAUGAUGGAUAUUUUAAAAGAAGACACACACAAGAUUUAAGACCAAAUUAUCCAAACAUUCCAGAAGAAGCUAUUGUGUAUUCUAUGAUUCAGAGAAAGCAACCGAUACCAGGAAAAUAUCAUUAUGUACAAAGCAAAGUUAAACGCUAUAUCAAAGAUAUAAAAGACCAAAAUAGACGUUCCAUGGAAAAACAUGUAAAACAACAUCAGGAAGAUACAACCCAUUAUAAAAGCAACAGCGAUCAUAAAAACAAUGACGCAGAAAAAACGCCUAUAGUGACUAACAAGACAAUAAAAGAUUAUGCCGAAAGGACGAUCAAGGAGUUGGAAAUCGCAGAGACAUGCGAGAAUAGCAUGGAUAAAGUGGCCUACAAUACUAUUACUACGCCAAUAAUAUUGAAUGGACAAGAAAAUAAAAAUUGUUUAGAGUCAAUACAUGAGGAAUCCAUACAGACUCAAGUUCAAAUAGAUAUACCAUUCGAGUCAACACAAAAUGAAAGAGAUCUUGCGAAUACAGAUAGUAAAAUGCAAAAACAAAAUGGAACAAUUGAAGAUAAAUCAUUAAAAUUCAAUUAUAUUGAUAAAGAAAUCCCAAAUUUUUCAUCUCUCACUCAAAAUGGUCAUCAAGAAAUACCAACGGUAUUUUACGAUUUGCGAACUUUAAGUUAUGACGAGUAUAUGCAUGGCACUUCUAAUUCUAGUCAAAAAACUGAUUUAAAUAAAAAUGCCCAUGUUAUUGAAUCAGAACAUAUUCAAUCUGAGGUAUUUAAUAAUUCAGAUCUAAUGGAAGUAUCCACAGAUGGAGAAGAAGAUACUUGUUCUUUAAGAAUUGAGAAUAUAAAAAGUAUUAAGACAAUGUCAGAUGAAACAAAACAUAAUAAGCAAAUAACUUUUGAGAAAACAAAUGAAGAAUUUAAGACGACUUCGGAUACUUCAGAAGUUACCACAUUGAAAAAGAAAUUAACGCAGAAGACUGUAAAAUAUAACAGUCUGCUUGAUACAUAUCAAAAGCAGCUUAUGGAAAAUUUAAAAAUGAAACAGGAAUUGGAUGAACUGAGAAAAACAUUAGCAAAAUAUGAAAAAGAAAACAAACCUCCGGAACAGAAGGUUGCAUCAGUUCAAACAGACGUUUCUAUUGAUUCUGUAUCUAAUCAACCCCAAGAUCAAACUGAGCCUACACAUGUCAAACAAUCCAAUAAUAAAAUAUCAGGUAGUAGUGUAGCUUCGCUAAGCUCUAUAGAUCAGUGGAGUUCCAGUGCUUGUAAUUUAUCAGUAUCCAUUAAACCACCUGAAAUAACAAAAACAUUACAGUCUGACGAUAGUAUAGUACUGACUGACGGUACACCAAGAAAAACACGUUCAUUAUCACGCGCAUUUAUUACUUCCUCCCGAAUCUUGCAAACUCUUUCAAGUAUUACACAGGGAAAAACAAAGCUAGAAAGUCCAUUGGUACAAAAUUCAAAGAAAAGAUUAAAUGAAAAUGUAUCGAUGGAUCUGCAAAAUGAUGAAAGUAAUUAUCAAUGUCUCCCUUCCAGCUCUAAGAAAAGAAGAAUUACAGACAUUCUUGAGCCAUCUAAUUUUCUACAAUCUUUUAAAGUUUCCCAAACGUCUGUAGAAUCACAUUCAAAGUUAAAUGAAAUGCCUUCAGAAUCCCAAUUUAAAAACUCGUGUGAUUCGAUAAAUAAGAAUGUAGAUUUGCAAUCAAGUUUACCUAAUGCUAAUACAAGUCAAUUAGGAGCUGCUACAUCUAUGGUAGAGAGCAAGACAGAAACCGCUGAUGAUCCAGAUGAUAAUGUAAAGUGCUUUGUAUAUCGCGAGGAUGAAAAUAGUAAAGAUCGCAGUUUUCUUAUUCUAGCAGAGGAGCCUGAAAAUGAUAAGGCUAUUAAUGAAAAAGGACGCAGGCGAGAAUGCGGUCCGUACUUACUUGGUAAUGUAGAAGUAAGAAUGUCUGAAAUGAACGGAACAAUCAACAUUUGGGGUAAAGAGAUUAGUCAAGAAUCCAUUGCUGAAACUGAAAAUGAUACAGAAUCUACUAAAAUGAAAGACAAAAAUCAUCAUUAUUGGCAAAAGACACCAAAUACCAGAUUCAAUGGCAGUAAUUUAGUAUGUUCAACAAGUAAAAAAUCAAAAAGUCCUCCUAAAUUUGAACUAUCCUCAGCAGCAUCUAAUUUUUCUUGUCUGCAUUCACCUUCGUUUAACAUAGCAAAAGCAUCUUGUUCUACAGAUAAAGCAGAUAAAUUAUGUAGUUCAAAUGCAUGCGAAGACUGUGAUUUCUCAAAAUAUCGUAAAGAAUGGCUAAUAUACUGCUGCACUCAUGAUAUAGACACGUCAGAGAAGAAGUGCAAUUGUUCCUUACAUAACGAAAAGCAAAAGUUCGAAGAUAGUUUUAUUUAUAGCAAAGAAAAGUUAAGCACCCAAGAACAUCGACAAAGUUUUUCAAGAAACCUAGAGCCUAACAAGCAUUUACAUGAAAAUAUUGCCUCAGAAGGCAACGAGUACAUUUGUAAAAAUUGUACGACGUGUCAUCAUUCACCGCACAAUCCAGAGAAUUGUCAAGAAAAUCACAAAUGUUGUACCAUGUUAAAAGAAACCUGUGAGCCACUAAUGAUGAAUAUAGAUCGGGAAUGUAACGAAUCAUGUAGUCACUCACCUCCUAAUAUACAUGAAGAAGAGCCGUUAAUAAAGCUGAAACAAUGUAGUGAAAGACCAGAGGCGAGACGACGAAAAAUAAUUGGGAAAAGGGUACGAGGAAUUUUAAUGGACCUCGUACGAGGGUGUGGAGAUUGUUAUAAUUCUAAUCCUAAUGUAUCCGGUAAUAACAAAAGCUGUACACACGAGAAGGAAUCUUAUUUAAGAAGUUGUUCUCCACAAAUCAAAAUUUCGCCGUGCGCAUCUCCAGAACCAUUGUGUUCAAAUGUAGGACAACCUGGAAGAUGCUGCCAUGCAUACGCACAGCGAAUUGAAUCUCAACUGGAAGAAUUUCGAAUGGAAAUGGAAAGGAUGCGAUCACGUUCGGAUGCUAUUCUUAACAUGCUCAAUAUGCUUCAUUCAGUGGAUACAAACUAAAGAAAUCCAUCUCAAUGUUAAUUUUUUUCAAAUGUACAUACAUCAUAUUUUUAUUGUUUAUUUUUUUCUCAGCCACUAUGGAAUUAUCAUAGUAUCGUCCUUUAUUGCUUAUAAAAAAACUAUAGUCGUUAAAUAAAACAUAUAUAAUGAAAAAGAUAUGUUUACAUCCAAUAUAUCGCAUAUCUAAUGAUACAUGCCAUUUUUGUUAAAAUUUCUAAUAAGAUAGCAUUGUAUCUAUGCAUUCACAAUAUAUUUUCCAUGUGAAGAAUUUGUGUGAAAUAGUAUAUGAUAAAUACUACAAUUAAACCAUGUGUUAAGAAUAAUGAUACAAGUAAUCGUCAUACAGUAAAUGUGCAUAAGUCUUGAUUUUAUUUUUUUAUGUUUCAAAUGUGUUGUUUAUAAUUUCAAAAUUUAUAAAAAGGGUGACACGGUAUAACAGUUAUUUAUCAAUCAACUUUAUCAAUUGUAUCAAAAUGUCAUUACUUAAAGUAUAAACAAGGCUUGUGUGUGACAUCGAGUAAUAUAUUUUAAUUUCGCUAUAUCGAACAAAAAUAUAUAGGAUUAUUACUGAAAAA